UGACAAGUGUCAAAAGUGCUUGAUUUGUUGAUUUUUAGGUUAUGUUUUGAUGCUGUUAUAAAAGUGUUUCUUGUUUUUUAAUACCAAUAUCCUAAUUAUAAAACUUAUAACGAAGUAAUAACAAACACUUCAGCAAUUCACCUUCAAGACAAAUUCCACAAUACGUAAUGUUGGGCUACUCCAAUGUCGGAAUCCCUGAUAAAUCCUGGCAGCCACCGGUAGCGGUCCUAGAGACUACAAUGGGCACGAUCAUAGUCGAAAUGUACUGGAAACAUUCACCGAAUACUUGCAGAAACUUCAUGGAAUUAGUACGAAGAGGAUAUUACAAUAAUACGAAAUUUCAUAGAGUAAUAAGAGAUUUUAUGAUACAAGGCGGCGAUCCUACGGGAACCGGAAAAGGUGGCCAAUCGAUCUAUGGUCCGACGUUCGAUGAUGAAAUAACCAAUGAUUUGAAACAUACUGGAGCUGGUAUAUUGUCUAUGGCAAAUGCUGGUCCUUGUACUAAUGGGUCACAGUUUUUUAUAACUCUAGCUCCAACACAGUGGUUAGAUGGUAAACAUACAAUAUUCGGGAGAGUGCAGGGUGGUAUGCCAGUUGUUAAACGAAUAGGCUUAGUGGAAUGUGAUAAAAAUGACUGUCCUGUUGAUGAUGUUAAAAUAGAAAGGGGUUAUAUACCAAAAUAGUAAUAAAUUUUCUAAUUCGUA